AGCCGGCGCAACAGCUGCGCGCCGCCGACAGACGGCUUGCCACGUAUGCGGACUUUUACCAACAAAGCGGCACAAGCCGACGAACGUGACUCAAGAAUGAGUGUGCAAUUGAUGGGGGAAGACAUUUCCCCCGACGAAAUUACCGAAGAAGCCGGAUGGAAGACCGCCGGAGCGCGGCGUUCGAGACCCCGAAACCGCGGGGAGAACCAGACGCACGACAUCGACACAAGAACGGACACGCUCGGCACCGGCCAGCAAGUUACCAGAGCCAGGUAUAUCAAAGGAAAGGUCAUCAAGGCGGGACGCAUGCCCAGACGCCCGAAGGAUGAAAUCAAGAUCGUGGUUCGACCGCAGGGCGGCCUCGACAUCGUUAAGGUCGGCGCCCCGACAGUCACCGCCGCCAUCUUCGCGGCCGCCGGUAUAACUGGAGAAGAAAUCGCGGAAGACACCGUCUGUCCGAACUCACAUCAGAACAUCGUCGUUGUCAGCACUCCAAAACGAUCGAACGCGGACCGCUACGCCAAAAUGCGGCAAAUUCAGAUCAAAUUGAAACUGCACGAAGUCAACGCGUACGAAACGGCACCCGAUUAUACAACGAAAGGAGUGAUUCGAGGCAUCCCCAUUGAGGACGGACCCCAAGUGCUGGACAAGAACAUCGCAAACCAGAGAAACCCACUGGCACUGGCGGCCAAACGCAUCGGAAAUACGACCACGGUAGUCAUCGCGUUCGACGGACUCAAGGUACCCAACUUCGUAUGGUACGGCGCAACCCUAAUCCCUUGCAAGUUGUAUCGCAAGCAUAUUGAUAUCUGCUAUCAAUGCGGUCGCCCUGGCCACCGCAUGGACGUUUGCCCAAAUCCCGCCAACUGCAUCUGCCGGGGCUGCGGCCUCCGCAACCCCGACCAAGGACAUCAAUGCUCGCCCAAGUGUAACCUAUGCGGCGGUGCUCACAUGACCGCCGACAAAGCCUGCAACGCAAGGUACAAGGCUCCGUACGUGAUUCGCAGACGACGACGGGAGCGCCAAAACGCAAAUAACCAACUGCAGUUGGUUAUUUGCGUUUUGGCGCUUGACGCAGGAAGACUUCCCUCCCAUCCAGCCGACCAGACGCAGAUCCAGGUCGCGAUCGCCUAG